UAGAAGAAGAUCAGUCAGCCAGGGAACCGGAAAUGUCAACUGUGUGCUGCGGUGCAAGCGUCAUUACAGUAUAAUUUUUUACUUUAAAGUAUAUAAUGAAUUGCUGAUAUAGAAGAAGUAACAGUCACAUAACGUCGCCAAAAAGCAAACUGCAGAUAUGACCAAUGUGUAUUCUUUUGAUGGCAUCCUGGUGUUUGGGCUGCUGUUCAUCUGCACGUGUGCAUACCUCAAAAAGGUACCUCGCAUCAACAGCUGGUUGCUGUCUGAGAAGAAAGGAGUGUGGGGUGUCUUCUACAAAGCUGCCAUAAUUGGAACAAGGCUUCACAUUGCCGUGGCAAUUUCCUGCAUGGUCAUGGCAUUCUACAUCGUUUUCUUGAAAUGAUAGAUAGACUUGAUGGCUGCAGGCUGGGGAUGGACUCAACUCAGUGGUCAUGUGUUAAUCUUCAUUGUGGGACACCACUUGGAUUAUAUGACAUCUGAAAAAAGCCCUUGUCCUGUGGACCAUUGCGAAAGUCAAGCUAGUGCUGCCCCCUUCUGGUAAUUGCGUACAUAAAUCCUUCCUGAAUAACAAGUGCACAACCAAUGUGAAGGGCCUGGGUAAAUCUACAGUACAGUUAUUACAGUUCAGAGAGCGUGCUGGUUUCCAUUUAUUAUUCUGUUGUUGCGUAACACUGUUUGCUGACUACAUCUCCGCCCCGUUAUUAUUUAUAUAGAAGGAUGCAUAAAGAUAGAAGGGCAGAGGGUGCACCAAACAUUUUUCCUGUACACAACCUACAGUUGCACCGGAUGUGUAUAGAUAAAUAAAUAAAAAUAUAGAGAUUUUACAAGUUAUCAGACUAUAAUGAUGAUUCCAGUUUCUUCCCACCAUGCUGUUUAUUUCUGUUUAAUUUUCCUGUAAGUGGUGGAGGGAAAGAAACUAAGGUAAUAUAUAAAAAUGUCCUUGUAUACACCAUGCUUUGUCUUUAUAAUCCUUUGUCUUUUCUGAACAGUGCUGUAUUUCACAUCUUUAAAAAACAACAACAUUUUUUUACGUUUGAAAAAGAUAUUUUGUACAGGUAUACAUUGUAUAUAUUAUGCCAUUUAAACCUGUACCCAGCUAACAAGUUUUUACUGUCACAAAUUGGGAUAAAGGUCACUUCAGGUGUUUUUUUUUCCUUUCAAAAUUGCUGAUCAUGGUAAUGGAGUAAUGGUAUAAAAGGAAUUACAUAUCACAGUGAAUUUUCACAUGCCAAACAGGCAUGAUUGUUCCAAUGACAGUAAUAUUUCUCUCAAUUUAUAUCUGGCACCCCAUUUUAUAUACGGUUAUUAAAAGUAAUAUACUUUGGAGAGGAUAUGAUGCAAUCUUAAGUAAACUGUUGAACAGAAUAUUUCUGUUUGUGGACUUCUGCAGCCAAUUUUUUUAAAUAUUUCAUUAAGUUCAAACUGUAAACAUGGUCAAUAAAAUCCACACUGCAAUUAAAUCAGUACGAAUAAAAAGUGUCAUAUGUGUGCAUGAA